AUGAAGACCUUCAAAACAGCCAUCACCUGCCCCAUUUCACAUCCCCUCCGCAGCACUUGUUAUCUCCAAGCACAGAAGAGACCUCAAACAGAGGAGCUCAUCCUGGAAAGAUGUAUCCUUAACCCCGAACGAGCAGAAACCUGCCAGUCAGGCACAGAUGACGAAGUCGGACGACACAAGUCUCCUUAUGACCCGUCUAAAACAGCACCCGAGAAGGAGCACCUCGCGCUGGAGGAAGAGUACAGACUAGAAGGGGAUACUAUUCAUGACCCGCUUUUUUUUAGUCCUGCAAAUAGGGAUGUCAGUCAGCUUUUGAAUCCUAUGGCGGGCGUCGUUCAUGGGUUGCAACACCUGAGGAGUGUCAAGGGCUGGACCAGAAAGCGGAAGGAGCCACUUCUAAGGACGGCGCCGUACGAGAUGAGGAAAUAUGAGAAUGUAUUUUUCGAGCCAAGGAAGCCUCAUCAAAAGAAGGUUUGA